CAUGCUCAGCUAUAUCUUAAUUUAUUGAUUAUUUUGAGCGCAAUAUGUACAUGUACAUACGCACCACUCGCCAGUAAAAAUAAAAGUAAACGUAAAGCAAUAGUUCCAAUACAAUUACUGUCUGUGUAUUAAAAUAUAUGCCACAAAAUGCCACAAAAGCUAAAACCCAGCAAGCAAGCAAGCAUUACUGACUAUGGAGAGAUACCAACUAUCAUUGUUGAUCAUGUUGAUAGCCCCAUUCUGAGCACUAUUCUAUGGCCUUUGAAGAGGGGCGAUAUUGAACUAUGCGAUCCCAGCGGCAGCAUGAGCAACGAGAUGGAAGACAAUGGCAAGCAGGUGGUGGUGGGCGUCUGCGCUAUGGCGAAGAAAUCCCAGAGCAAGCCGAUGAAAGAGAUCCUCACGCGGCUGCAGGAGUUUGAAUACAUCAAAGUGAACGUCUUCCCGGAGGAAGUAAUUUUAGAAAAGCCAGUGGAGGAAUGGCCCGUCUGCGACUGCCUCAUCUCAUUCCACUCUAAGGGUUUUCCGCUCGACAAGGCUAUUCAAUAUGCGCAUCUGCACCAUCCGUAUGUUAUCAAUAACUUGCACAUGCAAUACGACAUACAGGACAGACGCAAAGUUUACUCCAUUCUGCAGUCCGAGGGUAUUGAGAUUCCUCGAUACGCGGUUUUGGAUCGAGACAGUGCUGAUCCUAAAAAUCAUGAACUAGUCGAGUCCGAAGACCACGUUGAAGUUAACGGGAUUACAUUCAACAAGCCAUUCGUAGAAAAACCAGUCUCAGCUGAAGAUCAUAACAUUUACAUCUAUUAUCCAACUUCAGCUGGUGGUGGCAGUCAACGUCUAUUUAGGAAAAUUGGCAGUAGAAGUAGUGUGUACUCACCGGAGUCGCGCGUCCGUAAGACGGGCAGUUUCAUCUACGAGGACUUCAUGCCGACGGAUGGUACAGAUGUAAAGGUAAUGUACAAGGUGUACACCGUGGGUCCGGAUUAUGCACAUGCAGAAGCCCGGAAGUCACCUGCGUUGGAUGGGAAAGUGGAGCGUGAUCGUGAUGGGAAGGAGAUUCGCUAUCCUGUGAUACUUAGUAAUGCGGAGAAGCUUAUUUCAAGGAAAGUGUGUCUUGCUUUUAAGCAGGCUGUUUGUGGCUUUGAUUUACUGAGGGCAAAUGGUAAAUCAUUUGUAUGUGAUGUAAAUGGCUUCAGUUUUGUAAAGAAUUCCAACAAAUACUAUGAUGAUUGUGCCAAAAUAUUAGGGAAUAUGAUUUUACGCGAACUUGCGCCGACUUUGCAUAUACCUUGGUCGGUGCCGUUUCAGUUAGAUGAUCCCCCAAUAGUCCCUACAACAUUCGGAAAAAUGAUGGAAUUACGAUGCGUUGUAGGUGUAAUUAGACACGGGGAUCGUACUCCCAAACAAAAAAUGAAAGUAGAAGUUAGACAUCCAAAAUUCUUCGAAAUUUUUGAAAAAUACGACGGUUAUAAACAUGGCCAUGUAAAACUAAAACGGCCAAAGCAAUUACAGGAAAUUCUAGAUAUAGCAAGAUCUCUUUUAGCUGAAAUUCAACAACAUGAGGCAGAUCCAGAAAUUGAAGAAAAACAAGGAAAAUUAGAACAGCUGAAAAGCGUUUUAGAAAUGUACGGCCACUUUUCAGGGAUAAAUCGAAAAGUCCAGAUGAAAUACCAACCGAAAGGCCGCCCCCGCGGUUCGAGUUCGGAUGACGGUAAACCCAACCUUAUAGAUCGACCAGUAGAGCCGUCAUUAGUGCUGAUAUUAAAGUGGGGCGGCGAACUGACUCCCGCCGGCCGCAUUCAGGCCGAAGAGCUGGGGCGCAUCUUUCGUUGCAUGUAUCCCGGAGGACAAGGUAGACAUCUUGCUGGUGAAUACGCAGGCGCGCAAGGAUUAGGUUUAUUGCGCCUGCAUUCAACCUUCAGGCAUGAUUUAAAAAUUUACGCUUCUGAUGAAGGAAGAGUACAAAUGACGGCGGCGGCAUUCGCUAAGGGUUUGCUAGCGCUUGAGGGCGAACUUACGCCAAUUUUAGUUCAGAUGGUUAAGAGUGCCAAUACUAAUGGACUUCUAGAUAACGACUGUGAUAGCAGCAAAUAUCAAAAUAUGUGUAAGGCAAGACUGCAUGAACUGAUGCAACUAGAUCGGGAGUUUACACCCGAGGAUAGAGAGAAAAUUAAUCCUGGAAAUUCUGUUAGCAUAUCAGAUGCUUUGGAAUUUGUAAAAAAUCCAGUCCAAUGUUGCCGCAAUGUGCACGAAUUGAUCAAAACUUUAAUGGAAAUUGUUAAACAGAAGAAAGACGAUCCUAAAACAAGGGACGCCGUUUUAUAUCAUGGUGAAACUUGGGAACUGAUGGGUCGUCGUUGGGGCAAAAUUGAAAAAGAUUUCUAUACAAAAAACAAAAAUUUUGAUAUUAGUAAAAUUCCCGAUAUCUAUGACUGUAUAAAAUACGAUCUACAGCAUAAUCAACACACAUUACAAUUCGAACAAGCAGAAGAGUUGUAUAUCCAUGCAAAAUACCUUGCCGAUAUUGUCAUUCCCCAGGAGUAUGGUCUCACCUCUCAGGAAAAACUCACAAUUGGUCAAGGCAUUUGCACUCCUUUGUUAAAGAAAAUUCGUGCAGAUCUACAGCGUAACAUUGAAGAGAGUGGUGAUGAAACUGUCAAUCGUUUGAAUCCUCGGUAUUCUCACGGUGUGUCGAGUCCAGGACGACAUGUUCGCACAAGAUUAUAUUUCACGAGUGAAAGUCAUAUUCAUUCUUUGAUCACAGUCCUACGCCACGGACAACUAUUAGAUAUACGGAUCGAUGAGCAAUGGCGUCGAGCAAUGGAGUACGUGUCCAUGGUGUCUGAGCUCAACUACAUGUCGCAGAUUGUGAUUAUGUUGUACGAGGAUCCUACAAAGGAUCCUUCAAGUGAGGAUCGUUUCCAUGUUGAGUUGCACUUUAGCCCAGGAGUUAAUUGCUGCGUACAGAAGAAUCUGCCACCAGGACCUGGCUUCCGUCCACAUUCUAGAAAUGAGAGUGUUGCGAGUAAAAAUGCUAGUAAUAAUACGUCUGCUACCGCAACACCGGAAGAACCCAAGGAUGGCUUCUCGCAGAAAAUCGAAGAAGAAGGUUGUAUUUCGAGUGAUGACAACAUUGAUGCCCCGAAGGAAAGUGACUUAUCACCAUCUUUGGAUUUAGCGUCACCCGGCAAUGCCGAUUACUACUAUCGACAUCCGACGAGUGAACCCAUUCCAAUAGGAAGUUCACAUACCGUUUGUGGCCAUGAAGCUAUGCACCUUGCCAAGAGACUGAACGAAGAACUAGCGCAACAGUCAAAGACGCAGGGGACAACAGGAGGCCGUACUUUUGCGGCACGCGCAAGGAGUCCUGAUACUGAGCCCAGAUCAAAGAGCUAUGACAGUAAACAACCUGCUGAACAGCAAAAAGACCCUGUUUCCACGCGCGUAUCCAAGGUGCCAGUGAAAUUACUCGCGAAUAGCGACUUCACGCAAACGGUGCAUAAUUUUACGUUUACGCCUAUAUCCCCUGCGGCUAAAUUAUUAUCACAACAUCCUCAACUUAGCCCAAUCUCGGGGUCAUUUGACUAUGAGGGACACAGCGAACUUAAUUCACCGGUUACUGUAUCAAAGACAACGCGCGCGAAAUCUCCUACAAAUGAAUGCCCUCUAUCAGAUUUAAAAUUCUCGAUGGAUUCUUCCAAACGAGCUAGUGUGGAAAGUGCAACUAAUGAGUUGCCUUUAACUGAACUCAACUUAGCACUCUUCACUUCAAAGCAUGAUACUCCUCCGAAUAGUUUAGAAUCAAUGAAACAGUAUGUAGACGAACAAGCUGAUUGGGUAAAUUCUCAAGAGGGUUUCUCGGAUGAAACUCAGAAAAAGAAGCGCAAGCUUGCGACCACACGCGCUCCCAAUUUUUCCGCGCAUCGAUCCUACUCGGAUCCUAAUAUCCUCGACUCGCACAAAGUCGAGACCAACCGAUUACUCUUGAGACGUCUGAACGAGGCCCUGCUAAAGGACUCGAACGGCGUCGGCGGUUGCAUGGACAAAUCGAGCCUGUCCCCAGACGACGUAAAUAUCUACCCGUUCAGCUUUUAUCCAUACAGUCACACCCAUUCGGACCCUAUCUGCCACCUGACGUCUCACCAGCUUUGCUCAUGUUUCCGUCGCGCCACCACGAACUUGCUUUCCUUCUUCUCGUCACACCCAACCACCAUGCGUUCAAUGUCACAACCCGAUUCCAAUUGUUCCACUCUAGAGGCCGGAAGUACGGUGCAAAGACGCCAUCGCCACAGUAUCGCCGGACAGAUGAGCUAUUUCAAGAUGCUAGGCUUCGGUUUCGGCGGGCCGAUCGCAUUCAAAAAGUUGACGGGUGGCAGCACAAACUCGCUCUUCUCGACCGCGGUUAUCUCGGGUAGCUCAAGCGCACCCAACCUGCGAGAUAUGAUUCCAAGCUCCUCAAGUGUCGCAGUUAUAGAAGGUUUCGGUGGAGUACCACCAAUUCGUCCACUAGAAACGCUACACAAUGCAUUGUCCUUAAAACAAUUGGACACGUUUCUGGAUCAUAUGACGUCCGCACCACUCUUCCGAACGCCGUCUUCAACACCACCUAAGUAUCCUAGCACACCAUUGCCCACCCCUACUGCAGUGGUACAUACUAUCAGCAGCAGUGGUAAUCCGCCCCUGCGACUUCAAUCACCCGGAAGCAGUAUUGGAUGGAGCGGACCUCCGAGUUUGAUGUCAAGUAGCGGGCCAUCAUCACCCGGUUUAUCAGACACCUACUCCAACUCGAAGGAUAACAGCGAAAUGUCCUCAAGCAUCAUCAGCGGAGAUGGAUUACUGGAGACCGCGCACAUAUUUACGUCCACGGCGUGCCAAAAUGUCGGCAUUGGCGGCAUGCUGUUGCACUCCGGUGAUCAGGACGCCGGGCCCGGCUCCAUGGAAUUCUCAGAGUUUUACGCGAGCAUUCAACAAUCGAUGAAUCAAGGCGACAGUGGUGAAGUCACACCAGUUUCCUGCGGAUCUGAAAUCGAGUUCAACACCAACGACGCUACAGCGGGAUCCACCGCAGAUUGUGAUCUCACAGUGACUGAAGACACCGAUUCGAUGCUUUUUGAAGAAUUGGAGGGUGAAAAAGUAGACGAUCAAGUGGAGAGGUGUGUGAAUGCCGUACAGGAGAAAUGCGUAUCAAGAAGAAACAAGUAUCAACAUGUUGAGAGUAUUCAUUGGACCCAACCAGAAUCUACUGAUGAUAAUAAGUCUCAUGAAGCUACUGCACCAGAAAAGUUGCCACCCCCAAUUAUAAAAACUACGGCGCCAAUUAACGAUAAGCUGAAAUAUUUACAAAUCGGCGAACAGACAAGGAGGUCCAGUGAUGUGCCUACCACCAGUAUAGAGAAUUUAAAGAAAUCUGGACGCAGUCAGUCGCUGGUGGAAGGCAACAGUAAACCAAACAGAUUUACGACGACCGUUGUCAAAGAGGAUGAGCAUACUGCAUCACUGAGUGAUUCUAGUAAAUUUAAUGUGUAGAAUAAUUUAAAUGAAUUUUACUGUUUAUAUGUUAUACCAAUUGUCAAAUUAUAGAUAUGUUAUUAAUUGUAUCAUCAAGGGAGGAACGAAUGUGGAACGAAUUAUACAUGUAUUUUUGAUAAUAGAACAAUAAAAUGUUAAAAGUA